CCCCUCCGCACUUCCUCCCGCGAGACUUUCGGGGCCCGUCGGUGCGGCCGGAGCCAUGAGCGGGGACGGCGGGGCCUGGGACCCCGCUUCCCCAGCCUCCAAGCAGCGACGCCUCGACGCUUCGGCCUGUCAGUCGCAGAAGGAGACCGAGGCGGCUCAGGCGCUGGCUGACAUGACGGCUUGGAGCGGGGGCCGCGAAACCGCCGCCGGGCGGCAGGGGGCGCGCGAAACCGCCGCGGAGGGGAGCCUGGAAACCGCCGCCCAGCAGGGGGCCGCCCGGGAGGAUGGCCGAGCUCGGCGGGACUCGAAGGCCGACGGGGAGGAGGAGCGGCCGGGGGACUGCGAAAGCGGUUCGGGAACCGAAGCGGGGGGAAAGCGGGAGUUAGAAACCGCCACCCGCCGCGACAGGGGGAGCCUGGAAACCACCAAAGCGGCGGAGGAAGAGGAGGCGGCAGCUGGGGAUGGCCGGGAGGGCAGGAGGAAGAGGAAAGAGGCCAAGGAGAGGCGGAGGGUGGCCGAAUUGGCGGCGGCAGCAGCAGCUGCUGCGGCAGCAGAAGACGAGUGCUCCAUCAUCUCGGUGGGCGAGGACGAUGAAGAGGAGGAGGGUGGUGGUGGUGGAGGAGGAGGAGGAAGGCUGGCCCCCAAGACGGAGCAGUACCUGGAGGCGCUGGAGGCCGUGCAGGUGGAGCUGGAGGUCGUCAACCAGCAGGCCGGCCGGGCCUUCAACCAGCUCAAGGCCAAGUUCGGGCACAUGCGGAGGCCCCACCUGGAGAGACGCAACCGCAUCAUCCAGAACAUCCCCGGCUUCUGGGUCACGGCCUUUCUCAAUCACCCUCAGCUUUCAGCCAUGAUCAACGACCGGGAUGAGGAUACCCUGAGCUACAUGACCAACCUGCAGGUUGAGGAGUUCACCCACGGAAAGUCUGGCUGCAAGAUCAAGUUCUACUUCAACAGCAACCCCUAUUUCCAGAAUGAGGUCAUUGUGAAGGAAUUCCAGUGUGGCUCUUCUGGGAGGCUGGCGUCCCACUCGACGCCCAUCCGCUGGUGGCGCGGCCUGGACCCCCUCGCUCACGGCCGGAAGAACUUCGAGAUGAACCGCAGCUUUUUCAGCUGGUUCUGUGACCACAGCUUCCCGGCGGGGGACCGCAUUGCCGAGAUCAUUAAAGAGGAUCUCUGGCCCAACCCACUGCAGUACUACCUGAUGGGAGAGGGGGGUGAAAACGGUGAGGAAGACAGCGAGACAGAGAACGGGGAUGAUUUUGUGGUCAUCGUGGAUGACGAGGAGGAGGAGGAGGGAGAAGAAGAGGAGGAGGGAGAGGAAGACGAGGAGGAGGCGGCAACAGCAGCAGCAGAUGUGCAGGAGAUCAUGGAUGAAGAGACAGAGCAUGGCGACGCUGUGGAAGAGAUCCUGAGCAGCCAAGAAGAGAACGUGGCCGGCCCCGACUCCUCUGUCCGCGAAGAACCAGACGGGAGGGAUUCGGAGGCCGAGGAAGACGGCUAGCUGGCCCCGUGCAGACCGGCGGUCUGGUUGGACUUUCCCACGGUGACUUCCGUGGCACUUUGACCAAUUGCACUUGGCCGUGGCAGGAGAAGGGGAGCAGUUCGAAGGCGCCUUCCCGCUCGGGAGCAGUCAGCGUUGAUUAUUUUGUACCUUUUAUUUAUUGCAGCGACUGCAGUUUCUUCCGCCCUGCCCUCGAGGGGAGGAGGGACCACCGUACACCAGCAGCCCCCCAUCCCCCUUCUGACGUCUCCGAUGCAUAGCAUCUCUCCUUACCUGCCUGCGUGGGGACUCUUUGCAUAUUUACCCCCUCCCCCUGGUGGCUGCUCAGGUUCUUGCCUGCCCGGUGGCCUUUUCAAAACAGCUCAGGGUUUCCCUUGUUCAGUUCAGCAUUACCGCGCUGUUGACCUCCGCCCCUCGCCUGCACUUCCAGCCGUGAAGACUCCGCUUGCUGGGGGGACCCUUCCACGCGCUUGCCGACGGGCACCUCUUUGCCAUCACGGUGUCAACCCGGCCCUGCGCUUUCGUCAUCGCGAUUCCGGCCUGCCCACCUGGGACCUCUCUCGUCGCCAGUGUCGGGUUUAAACUAAUCCUUGCUAAUUCAGUUGGUGGUCUCUCUCCUCCCCCCCCUCCCCCCCGCCGGCUCAAUUGAAGCAAUAAGAGCACCCCAGUCACACCGCGUCCCGCUAGGGGUUGCAGUGGACGGUGGAAACGAGUUGUGGACGAGGGAGAGCUCUGCUUUCGAGCUUGGCGCUUUCCCCAAUGCAGCGCAUUGCAGUCUGGGGUGGGGUGGGGAAUGACUUCCGCAACAGCAUGGCACCGGCAACGUAUGCCGCUCUCCCCCUGCCGGCUUCUAACACACGAAUGCAUACGUUUCCCUAGCAAUGGAUCCGAAGUGUCAGCUCUCCCCUGCUCUCCUGCACCCCCUAGAGGCUGUUCUAUGCAAUGCUACUGAUAUUUGUAGAAAGGCGACUCGUUUUCCUUUGCUGGGUUUUGUAUAUUUCGUAUCAGGACUUUGUAUGUUUUUUUUUUUUCUACAUAAAAGAGCACUUAAUACGCAGAAAGCUUUCCAA